AUGUCCAUUUCAAAAAGCGAACAUAGUCCGUUCUCCCCUCAAUGGGUCAACCGGAAAUUAUAUACGCUCAUGUUAGUCAUAUAUACACCCAGUGAAUUGAACACAGAUUCUCCAUUGGUCAUUGACGAUUCGGGGUCUGAAAUUAAAGUACAGGAACCGAUCACAGAUUGCAAUAAAUCAUGGUUACUUUUGGGUUUAAAACAGAGUGGUUUCGGUAAAGGACGAUGGAACGGAUUUGGUGGUAAAGUUGAAUCUAGUGAUGCGAACCCAAAAGCUGCUGCACUUCGAGAACUGAAUGAGGAAUCUGGUUUAACACUUGAUGAGUCUUCUGUUGACGAAGUUGGUCGUCUAUGGUUUACUUUCGCUGAGAUAUCGGAGUGUAUGGAAGUUCAUGUGUUUAUCUGCCGAACAUGGACACCUACACUUAAUAAUCAUACGGUUAAAUGGCCUUGUUAUACAGAAGAAAUGCAUCCAGCUUGGUUUCCACUUAUAAUGAAUAAAGAUAAUACAAUAAAUACAUCAUCUUUACCAUGGGAUCAUAUGUGGCCUGACGAUGUGUUAUGGGUCCCUGAUAUACUUCGAGGAAAUCUUAUUCUUGCUUGGUUUCAUUAUCUUCAACUUUCUAAUCUGUCAAUUACAAAUAGUCAAAAUUUAAUUGACCGUUCAAAAGAAACUAAUGGGAUCCCUAUUGACUUAUAUGAAAUACCAGCUUACCAUUUGGAAUCAUUUACUACUGAUGAAAAUGAGUUAGUGCUUGCUGAUAAAGAUAACAAUUAUAAGUCAUCUAAUUUUCAACGAAUUAUUGAUCGGUUGGAUUUAGACAAGAAUGAUAAUAAUUUAAGAUUAUGGAUGAGUUCAUCAUUAUAUGAUAAUGAAUUUGUCAUAUCUCCUUUGAUACUCCAGAAAAUCUUACAUUAUCCCAUUUAA